CGCUGUGUCCGGGCAGGGCUGGAGGCGGCCCCGCCGCUUUCGCUUUCGUUUCUCCGUCGGGCCCGCUCGCUCCGGGCCCUUCCCGGUGGGUUCCCCGUCCCAGCGGGAUCCCCGUGCCGGUGGGAUCCCUUCCCGGUAGGAUCCCUUCCCGGUGGGAUCCCGGUCCCGGUAGGAUCCCGUCCCGGGGGGAUCCCGAUCCCGUCGGAGCGGCGACCAUGGCCACGGGCCAAGCUGCCAGAUCCACGAGGACAAUUGUCAUUGCUGGUGUCCCAGCUGGCCUCCUGCAGGAUGAUGUCAUGGCUGACAUCCUCACCAUCCACUUCCAAAUGUCCAGGAAUAACGGCGGGGACGUGGAGGAGGUCACGUAUCCCACACGGAGUGAAGGAGUUGCCCACAUCACCUUUGAGGAUGAGGAAGUUGUGGAGCGUGUUCUGAAGAAGGAUCAGCAUCUCCUGCAGGACAGGAGGCUGCCCAGGCUCUACCCCCUGACGGUGAUGCGCUACUGCGACAACGUCUUCCUGUGUGUCACAUCCACCCUCAGCAUGGCUGUUUUCAGGGAUCGCUUUGUUUUAGAGGAUUUGGUGGAGGAGGUGAAGAAGCAGAGCCCGGCUUUGGAUUUUGGGCCUUUGCAGCCUGACGGGCAAAUGGCCGUGCAAGGGCCCUUCCCAGCACUCCGAGAGCUGAGGGAAUUCCUCUUGUGGAAGGCAAAAUCCCUCUCAGAGGGGGACAAAAGAGAGGGGAAACCCCAUCAGAGACUGAGGAGGGAGCUGCAGGAGCACAGAGGUGCCACGGAGAUGAGGAAUUCCUCACAGAGGGAAACACAAGUGGUGCUCCUGGACACGGAUAUCUAUCUCUACAUGAGGUCCUUUCACCCCAAAGCGUUCCAGGGCAAUGCUGUUGUCAUUUCUGGUGUCACUGAUGGUGACAUCACCACGGUGUGCAUUGAGAGUGCUGGCAGGAAGGCUGGUGCUGCACACGGGUUAAGGGCCAAGAAAACCAUUGAAUGUUUCUCCGUGGAGCUCCAGAGGAUUUUACGUAAGGAGAGGAUCUGCUUCAAGGAGCGCAGCAGAGCUGAGAAGCACAGGUACAAACAGCUCUGUGAAAGGCUAAAACCCCGGCACCCUGGGGUGCUGGUCCUUCCUUAUGACACCCACAUCGACCUUGUAGGAACUUCUGCAGGAAUUUUGGAGUUCACAGAGGACGUGAAGAGGCACACCGGGUAGGAGGGAGUGUUCUGUGGCUUGUGUUCCUCACCCACACUGCCUGAGGCCCUGUGGCACUGGGUCACUGGGAUGUCACUGGGAUGUCACUGGGAUGUCACUGGGAUGUCACUUUGUCCCACCCACAGUCUGGCAAUGCUGCACAGGGGGGUGACCAAGCCUGGCUCCCCUCAAAUACCAAAUUAAAGUCAGAACAAGAAACCAAAGAUCUCUACACUUAGAGAGCAAAGAAUUUAAUUUAAGCCUCUUCCGUCCAGGAAGAGCCACAUUUUCCUUUUGAUACCUCAGUGCAUUCUCAUCCCAACUUGCUGUCAAGGAGUGCAUGAUGAGAAAAGAAUUUUUUUUUUUAAGCUGGGUGGGCCAGCUUGCAAGAAACACUGCAGAGGAGUUCUGUGAGGAGUUCUGUGAGGAGUUCUGUGAGGAAUUCUGUGAGGAGUUAGUUCUGUGAUGAGUUAGUUCUGUGAGGAUUCCUGUGAGGAGUUUUGUGAGGAGUUAGUUCUGUGAGGAGUUAGUUCUGUGAGGAGUUAGUUCUGUGAGGAGUUAGUUCUGUGAGGAGUUAGUUCUGUGAGGAGUUCUGUGAGGAGUUCUGUGAGGAUUCCUGUGAGGAGUUAGUUCUGUGAGGAGUUCUGUGAGGAGUUCUGUGAGGAGUUCUGUGAGGAGUUAGUUCUGUGAGGAGUUAGUUCUGUGGGGAGUUAGUUCUGUGAGGAGUUAGUUCUGUGAGGAGUUCUGUGAGGAGUUCUGUGAGGAUUCCUGUGAGGAGUUAGUUCUGUGAGGAGUUCUGUGAGGAGUUCUGUGAGGAGUUAGUUCUGUGAGGAGUUAGUUCUGUGGGGAGUUAGUUCUGUGAGGAGUUAGUUCUGUGAGGAGUUCUGUGAGGAGUUAGUUCUGUGAGGAGUCCUGUGAGGAGUCCUGUGAGGAGUCCUGUGAGGAGUUCUGUGAGGAGUUCUGUGAGGAGUUCUGUGAGGAGUUAGUUCUGUGAGGAGUUAGUUCUGUGAGGAGUUAGUUCUGUGAGGAAUUCUGUGAGGAGUUAGUUCUGUGAGGAGUUCUGUGAGGAGUUAGUUCUGUGAGGAGUUAGUUCUGUGAGGAGUUCUGUGAGGAGGUGACCACAGCAGCCAGGAAUGGGGACCUUUCCUGUGGCCUUGAUCUGCAGAGGGACCUUCUCCCCGUCGAGGUGCACAGAGAAGAGAGCUGGGACACCUGGCAGAGCAAAAUGCACAUGAAGUGGACAGGACUGAGGAAGCCUGGAAAAUUCCUCCCUGGAGGAGACAGGCAAGUUUGUUUUCAUAGGAGCAGUAAUGGUUUUUUGGUUUUUUUUCCAGCUGUAAGUGCUUCUGCAGCAUCUCUUGACAGCAUGUUAUUUAAACAUGAAAGUGUGUCCAGAGAUUUGAUGGGAAAAUUUGGAGGCAUUCAGACUUUGGAAUGAGAUUCUGUUCAUGUAAAUCUGUUUCUAGAUCCAUUACAAGGCCGCAAAGGUUUUGGUUUUUUUAAACCAAUUUAGAAAAUAGCUUUUAUUUUGUGAUAUCUUUGUGUUUAGAAUAGUUUGUCAAAAUACCCAGAGCACCAUCUCUUCUGCCUGAUGUGCAGGGGAAGUUUUAGGGGUUCAUGCCAUUAAAGAAAGUUGUCCAAAAUGUCGUGUCUGUGUUAUUU